UAAUUACCUUUUUUUUUGGUUAAUUAACCAAAAUUACCCUCAAAAGUUUUUUAGUUAAUUUCUACCUUCUUUUUUAAUGAACUUUCCUAAACUGCCCUUCCAACACAACUCUUUUCCUUCUUUCUCAAAGUCUACACUCUAUAGUAGUACAACACCUCUGCAAGAGUCACCGGAAUCCCCUCUGCUACAACCAUCGAAACUACAUCAUCGUCAUCGCCUUUACCAUAAAGAUCGACACUACGUCUCCACCAUAUUAAUGAAAAUUGAGUCAAUCCCAUUUUCCUGUACUUUGCAGAACAAAUUCCUUCUAUGAUAUAUAAUGAUAGAAGUAGAGGAUUUGAAUCAUAAUUCAGAUUCUUGCAAAAAAACAAUGGGUGAUUUCAAUGAAGAACAAGUUAGUAAUAAUUACUUUGCAGAACAAACUGAGGACAAGUGGAUUAUAGCUGCUGAAAAGUUAGAAAUCUUCAAGGACCCAAUUGAACUUGUUCGGGAGGACUUGGUAGGAAAACAGUUCUUGACAUUUGAAGACGCAGAGUUCUUUAUCCACCAAUACUCAAACAUGAUCGGUUUCAGUCUAAGGAAAGGAAAAGUUAAAAGACAAUUUGGGGGUGCUAUAAAAUAUCGCCAGUGGGUGUGCUCUAAGGAAGGACAUCGUGAAUUGAAAUGGAUUAAAAAAUUGAACCGCAAAAGAGAGCCGAGGGCUAUUACUAGGGUAGGUUGCAAGUUGCUAUUUAGAGUUUCCCUGAGAAAGCAACGGGAAAUGGUAUUGCAAGGAAUUUCGUCCAACACACUCCCACCCCUUGGUCAUUGCCGGGCAUCGACAAUUCAUUCGCUCGAACCGAAUUAUACCAGAUGGGAUGUUAAUGGAUGCCACUUGUAUGAAGAGUGCAGGGAUAAAAACAUGCCAAAUUUACUCUUAUAUGGCAGAAUUAGUUGGGGGUUAUGGGAAACUGUCUUUCCUACCUAAAGAUUUGUAUAAUCGAGUUGCAAAGAAUGAAUCAGUGCACUUAAAAAAUGCUGAUGCAGCAAGGGCUAUCGGCUAUUUCCAACAUAAGGCAGAUCAUGAUGUAGAUUGUUUUUGUAGAUUUAGCUAUGAUGGCAAUAACCGCCUAUUGAAUGUGAUGUGGGCUGACUCAAAAUCUCGAGAAGACUACCAUUUGUUUGGCCAUUCAGUUGCCUUUGAUUCCACGUACAAGACAAACGCCUAUGGGAAGCCACUUCUGGUUUGGUUAGGGGUCAAUAAUCAUUUCAGGUCAACGAUUUUUGGGUUCGCUUUGCUAUCUGACGAGUCCUCAGAUACGUAUACAUGGGCAACAAAAACAUUUAUAGACUGCAUGGGAGGGGUUACACCAAAGACGGUCGUCACAGAUGGUGAUCCAGCAAUAAGACUUGCAAUCAAUGUAACCAUGCCUGAAGUUGUUCAUAGAUUAUGUUAUUGGCACAUCCACAAGAAGGCCGCGAUAGCUGUGAAGGAUCCAGAGUUUUUAAGGAAGCUCAAUAAAUUAUUCUUUAACUAUUACUCUGUUGAUGAGUUUGAAACUUUAUGGAUAGAUUUAAUUGAAGAAUAUGGGCUCCAAAAAAACGAGUGGGCAAAGUGGAUGACCGAUAGAAAAGAGCAAUGGGCAGAGGCAUACCUGAGAGGUAAUUUCUUUGCUGGAAUGACAACAACACAAAGGUGUGAGGGCAUGCAUGCUCUACUUAAAAAGAGAGUGAAUGAGAAGAUGAAAAUGUAUGAAUUUGUUCGUGCUAUUGAUGUGGGAAUGUCAUUGCUAAGAACUCGAGACGCCAAGGAUGACUAUGACACGAUGAAUACUAUGCCGUUGCUUCAGCAGACAAACAUGGCACAUAUCGAGGAGGAGGCAGCAAAAUUGUACACAAGAAAUAUGUUUUUCCGAGUUCGUGCUCAAAUAGAAAAAGAAGCAAGGUACAUGGUAGAUUCUUCAACAAAAGAAGAUGAUAUGGUGGUCGUUCGAUUGACAAAAACACCUCUUUUUGACACGCUGCAUAGAACAGUAUAUCUAGACUUGUCAACUGGUUCAAUAGGUUGUGAAUGUCAAUAUUUCCCGACCUAUGGCAUCCCAUGCCGACAUAUAUUCUGUGUCAUGAAAAAAUUCAAAGUGACUUCAAUUCCAAAGUCUUUGGUGAUUACACAAUGGACAAUACAUGCACGAGAGGUACAAGAAAUACCAGACGAAAGUUCUACUCGAUGCAGCUUCACAUGUCGUAAAGACAAAAUUCGUUUUGGUAAUAUUUCAACCCAGCUUUACCAAAUUUCUUUCCUUGCUUGUACGAGUGACAAUCUUUUGAAUUUGGCAAAGAAGGAACUUGAGCAAUUAAUGUAUAGGCUACAAAAAAAUUCAUUAGAAGAAGAUGGAUACGAAGAGCCAAGUCAAUGUGACAAGAACAUGGAAUACGAUUUGAACAACCCCCGAGUUAGCAAAAAUAAAGGGACCGGAAAAGUGGCUGGUACCUCGAGGCAAGUGAGGAAAAGAAAAUGCAGCAAAUGUGGAAUGUAUGGCCACAACAAAACAACCUGUAACGAAAAUAGAGAAGAGAAUAUAAAUAAUUCGGAUUUGGACAUAUCCAAUGGUGAAGGUGCAUAUGAAGACUGCAAUAUUUGGGAAGAUAAUGAACAUAAUGGGGUUUCAGAGGAGGAAUUUGUGUUUGAUGAAAAUAUAAAGUGUUGGGAAGAUGCUAAUCAAAGAAAAAAAGAAACACCUCAAACAACUGAUGUAGACCAGCACAAAUUUGAUGCAGCAUAUGUAGCGGAAGAAAGAAAGGAAAAAGAUGAUACAGAGACAAUAAGAAAUUGGUGGGGAGCACCUUAUGGAACUCAUGAUAUUCAAUAAAGUGGUACAUCAAAGUGGAGAAGAAAAUAAGAAGAUGGACUAAUGCUUAUAGAUUGUUCCUGUUUUGAUUUUUGUUUGGUGCUAUCAUUAUGUUUUUUAAUAAGUGGUUUCCUUUUCACAUUUUUAAUUAUCAUGAACCAAAUAAUAGUUGUUUUUGCCAGUGGGUUAGUAACCUUUCUGGUUUUUGCUAUUUUUGCUUUGAGGAGUUGGCACCUCUUGUUGUCAUUUAAGACUUUAUUUUGUUUUGCUCUGUUGUGAGCCUUUUGCUGGUUAAUUAAAUGAGUUUUUUAAUAAAAGAAAGUCUCAAAAUAAGAUACAAAUAGAAGCCUGUGUAAACUUUCAUGUUUCUGCAGCAACAUGAUUUCAUUUUCUUGAUAUUAAAUGUGGAUAUGCAAUCUAA